AUGCACACCACCAACGUUCGAUCAAUCGUUGUUUCAGGCGCAGAGUCUGCCAGUAACGCGCCGCCAGUACCACCGAGACGGAAGAAGCGCAAAGCGAAGCCCGCGGCGAUUGCAAAAUCUGUGGAAGAAGAAACGUCACCGACGCGUCUCAGGAAGCCAGACAGAAAACGUUUGGCGCCACUGCCACCGCCGCCGCCGCCGCCACCGCUGCCGCCACGAGCGAUCCGAAGGAUCAAAUCUCACGUCGCCAGGGAUCAGCCGCAAGAAACGUCGAACGUCCAGACAGCGGACGACGCUGAAGAAACAUUCAACAGUCUAAGUUCGAUCGAGAGUUCGCCGCCGCCGCCGUCGCUGCAGUCGGAGGAUGUCGAGACAACCGAGAAAAACCAAGACAGAAACGACAGACAAAGCGGCCCGAGGCGCGAAACAAACUCGCCGCGCGGACGUCCGUUCGUGUUCGAGACUCGGAACAAGUAUCCGCCGUUGUUCUUCACUUUGCACGACUUUCAAAACGUGAUGUCGAACACGCUGCAGCAGCAGCGCAACGACGACGACAACAACAACAACACGAACGACGAGGGCUGCAAGCCUUCCGCGGGAUUGAGCGACAAGUGUCGCGGCUCGUUCCGCGAGUUCUUCGAGAAACCGUCGCUGGACGACGAGGAGGGCAACCUGUGCUUCCGCGUGACCACGACGAACCUGCCGUUCGAGAGAUGCCUGGACAGAACGUGGACAGCCACGUUCGCCGACCGUCUGAUCGAGAACGUGGACGAGCCGAGCCGCUUCAUCUUCGAGGACUACAUCGACCGGAGCAGCAAGGUUCGGCGAUCGGCUGGCCCGAUGUGCUGCGACAGCUUCCAAGAGGAGGCGGCGAUCCCGCGGUUGACCAAGGUGAGAUUCGUGAUCGAGUCGCCCAGCUCGUCGACCCCGGAUUACGAGCUGGAGAACGACGACGAGGCCACGUGCGACAGUUUGCAGAAUAUCGAUCCCCUGGCGGACGAGGAGGUGGAGGAGGUCAGCUGGAAUCGCGGCUCCUCCGUGCAAUUGACCGAGAUCACCGACGACAUGGACUGCACGGACGCGAGCCGGGCUUUCGGCCAAGUGCAGGAUAUCCAGGAGGACCCGGACGAGUUCGGCGACGUGCCUUUCACUACGAUUCUGAGGAACAGCUUGGACCGGUGGUACUCCCUGGAGAACGCGACAAAUUUCAUCGAGGCGAUCGACGUGUCCGGCCAACGCGGCCACGUUGAUUCGAGCGAUCCGCAGAAGCAGUUUCCUCUUCGUUUCGAGGAGGGGUUGAAAGUCGAAGAAGAAGAAGAAGAAGAAGAAGAACUCGCAGACGCCAGCGAGGCGGAUUUGAAAAAGGAGGAGCGGUGUCCUCCGUUGGCCGAGAUUAGCGACCAAAUCGUGGAAGACAAUAAAGAGUAUCUCGAUUUGUCGAACGGUGGCUGCGAAAAUGAGAACAACAACGCAAAAACCGAAGAGACUGCGCCUGACUCGAAAUGGGAAUUAAUAAGAAACAAAAUGAACGCCAAUUUCGUUCAGGACCACUCGACGACCUGUGAGAAAAAUGUAUACCCAACGUCUGAGAUUAACUCAGAGAAAUCGACAAUAAUCGACGGGACGAAGGUCUCCGAUCAACAGCCAAUAAAAAGCGAAGUAGAGAGUAACGUUUUGAAGGGACAUUUAUUAUCAAAUAGAAUCGAGACUGAAGCUAGCGAGGUGGCGGUGUCGCCGGCCGAGGGGGGCGCGGAGAUUGGCAAGCAGCAGGCAAAAAUAUCGUAUUCGCCCGAUAAAUCCACGGGAGAUUACAGGAGAAAGCUUUUUGUGAACGAAUCGCUUCGAAGCGUGAUAAAUCGUUGCGACUUCACGUCGAACGAUCUCGCGGACGAGAGCGAGGAUUCUGACGCGCAGAUUGACGACGACGACGACGGUGUUGACGAUCUCAAUCCUGGCGGUAUUCCCACGAGCGAGCGCGAAAUUAAGAGAAACGACGCGAAAGACGACGAGAUCCGUGUCACGGCAAAUGGAAGAACAUCGAAGCCCGAGUGUUUCGAGAGGAGAGAGAGCAUCGGUGCCUCGGUGAAUAUCCGACGAAGUUCCUUCCUAGAAAACAUGUUGUCCGAGGAUUCGGAUCAGGCGUGGACAAGCUGCAAGAUCGUCGCUGUUCACCGGAAAUCGCCACCGAGCUCGCGAGAGACGGAGGAGAAGACGUUGGCGGAUGACGUGUUAAACGAGCCGGGAAAAGUGGAUCCGGAGGCGCGGAAGAUUUCAGAAAAGUCGGGGAGGGUGGUAACCACUUCGGUAAGUCCGACAGCAGCGGAGAAGAUGGGGAGAACGGCUGGCGAGGUGAAGUGCGACGUAUUGAACGAGCUGCUUUCCAAUUUUGGCAACAUUAGAUUGAAACCGGUGAACCGCGAGAGAAGAAGCGCCGCCGAGAGUCAACCGCGAGCAACGAGCCCCCCUCGACGAAAGAACGACGACGAGGAAACCGAAUUGCCGUCAGAUAGCCGCAAAGUGAGCCUGAAUGAUCAUAGCGGUUCGUGUAAUUUGUCCGUCGAGUUGAAAUCGGUGGGAACCUCCUUGGGGGCCAGACAGUGGCAACACGCUGCUUCUCUGACGACGAGGAGGAUUCGAAACGACCUGGACAAGGGCAACGAAUCGCGAGAGAAGUGCGAGGAACCUAGCCCGACGACGAACAGUUCGAUUCAACUCCCAGGAGACGGAGGAGUUUUGUCGAAUGGUAACGAAGAGUCGGAGAAAGUAGAUGGAGCAAGUAACACUGUAAACAGUGUGGAAGGAACCGAGAGCGAGGAUCACUCGGAAUUAUCGGAAUCGUCGAAGAAUACGAGCAAAGUUCUGGCCGAACCGACCAAGAGCGACGACGUGGAACGCCUGCAGAUGGUUGCAGGCCGCAGCGAAAAGACUGACGCGAGGAAAGAGGACGUGUCGCGUAAUCGUGGCGCGUACGCGCGACAGUUAGAGUUAAGCGAGAGCCUGGAGUCAAGCGGCGACAAGAGUGCCAUAGUUAGGAAGAUCCCUCGAUCCCAUUGUAACAAUAAUGACAAUAACAGGGCCGUAACACCCGUAGCUGUAAGUGACGACCAAUCCCGUAACGAUACCGUAACGAUGAUAACCCCUGGUAGAGUUAGGAGCUUCGUCAAGUACUACGAGAUACGGCGGGAGGCGACGAUCGACAAAGAUUCUAAAACUAGCGAUAGAGUAGAUAAGGACCCGGUGCCUGGCCAUCAGUCGGUAUUCAGCAUACGCAGGGGCUUCGAGGCUAGGUCGUUCGAAGCGGGAAAUAGGGACAGCCAUCGCGAAACAACGGCGGAACAAGAUCUCGAAAGAUCGAGCGGUUCAGCGAGAUUCAGCACCGCGUGCAUCGUGCACGGAGAAUUUGUAACGCGUGAGAGGUCGAGUCGAUCGGCGAACGUAGAGGACGAUUACGUGGAGGUGAGGAAGCAGAUGAUGCAUCACCUAUCGCCCGUGUCAGUCAGCGACUCGUGCCAUACCACGCACGGUGGCAGAGUCAAGAGGAAGAAGUCGGUGCAAUUUCAGAGUGGUUUCACUGUGAUCGGUGCGAAAAGUCCCGGCGAGAAUUGUUCCGCGGGGAUUCCUGCGGGUCAGGAUAAGAAGAGGUCUCCCGACAGACCGACGCUGAACGACAGCCUUCUUACCGAGAAUGUGGAUUCUCGCGCUGGACGGUCCGAGGAUUCGCUGGACCGGCGCUCUUUCGAGGAACGAAACGCUGCUGCGCAGAUGCAAGCCGCAGCAAAAUGUGAGGAAUGUUCAGGCGAGGAAGUGGUAACCGUGCCGCCGGCGAGCGGAGGUCAGGACAGCUGGAAAGUGCAGAGGCUCUCCUCGUUGAGCGUCGAAUCGCCGUCGAGCAACCGUCGCAAAGGCUGCAGCCGUGGUCACAAUCAGCUGCAGCAGCCAGCCGGCAAGCGUACGCGGCCUGCGCCGGCCUUAUCCUGCAAGGCCACUGCCAAGGACGUCGUUGGCCAGUAUCUCGAGUGGCCGAACAAGGAGAACACGCCCGGAAAUGCCGUGAACGCCGCGGAGGGGACCGCCGAGGGGACCGCCGAGGCUCAACUCGUGGCAGACGACCGCCCCGACGACAUGGGGUCAAAUUUGAGCCGACACAACGGGAAAGGCCUGACCGGCCGUAGGACGCAGUCAUCCGGGAAUCUCUGCGAGCCAAAGGGGAAGUUGAACAGCAUGGGCAAGAUACUGGUGCCGUGCUCCAGCGCGCAGAGGGAGAGAUAUAAAUUCUGUGGCUCGUUGCCCAAUCAUCUGGACGACAAGGACGUGCUGGACGACGAUCCGAAGGAAAAUAAUAACGUGAUGACGGAUACCAUCGCGGGGAAUCUUGGUGGAACGUUGCCGCACAAGAAACGAUCGUUGGGCGUGCAUUUCUCCGACGGGGGGCCAACUGGGACUCUGGACCUCGUGAAACAUCGAUCGCAAGAUUCUCUCGACGAGAACGAUCCUUGGAGGUACCAGCAGAGCGACCUUGACCUGGUGAGAUUCCGUCACGGGAAUUUCGACUCGGUGAGAAGGAAUCGUAGCGCCGAGACAACGUCCGACUCGUCGACGAGAAGGUACACCCGUGGCACGUCCAUGGAGGACAGAUGCCACCGGAACUCCGAUCUCGACCUGGUGGGCACGCUGCCGAAACGGAAGCAGGACGGUAGAAACGGCGGGAAGCCGUCGGACACGAACUCCUCGUCGACCACCUCGCAGCCGUGCGUGCCCGACCCGACAGAGAACGAUCUGCUGAUGCAGAUCGUGCACAAGCCCGACUGCGAGUUAGUCAGGCAUCGGCAACAGCUUAGCAAGUGCAUCGAUUUGAAGUUGAGCAAACUGGCCGGCGGGGAACCGCAGGAUCAAGGUUAUGCCUCCGAGCGGUCUCCCGAGGACGAGCAUCCGCCAUCGUUGCCUGGACAACCGUUCCCCAACAUAACGCCUGAGAGCACGUUCCGAGUGACGUUGCAGAAAAGCAGCAGGGGACUCGGCUUAAGCGUUUCCGGUGGCGGCACUGCCGGCCCUGUUAGGGUGAAAAGACUGUUCCCCCAACAACCCGCAGCCUUGUCCAACAAACUUCAACCCGGCGAUAUACUUCUGGCAGCCAACGGGAUCCCUCUAACCGGCCUCACUAACUACGAGGCCCUGGAAGUUCUACGAACGACACCGAGCACCGUGGAGUUGGUGGUGUGUCGACUUCCGGGUGAUACGAGCGUCACGCCACCGGGUGCACCGCCGCCACCGCCGGCGAGACGCGAACCACCGCCGCCGUUACGAAUACUCAAUCCCCUGCCGCCGCUUCAGAUCGAACCCUAUGGCGAAUUCGACAUAGAGAUGACAAAGGUCGGCGGAAGUCUGGGCUUCACUCUGAGGAAGGCGGACAGCAGCGCUCUGGGUCACUACGUGAGGGCAUUGGUGCGUGAACCGGCGUUGAGCGACGGUCGGAUCCGACCCGGUGACAAAAUCGUGGCGGUGGACGGGGCGCCGUUGUCGCCGAUGAGCCACGAGGAGGCUGUCCAACUGCUGCGACAAUGCGGCCCGACCGUGAGGCUUCGAUUGUACAGGGAUCUCGCGCAAACUCCCGUCUCCGCGCUCUCGCCAACCGAGCCUGAUCAUCCGCUCCGUCCGCCGCGGACCAGUCUCAGGUAAACUUCUC